GAUAUCUCUUAUCAGAUCCUUUUUAUAAUGAAGAAAAUAAUUAUUUCAGGCUUUAUAUGGGCUUAUUUAAGUCAUAUUAUUGCAGCAUUAGAUUCAAGUUAUUAUGUUGAAAAAUUGCCCGAUUUGUCAAAGAACAAUAAUUUGAAGCUUCAUUCUGGUUAUAUUGUUGCUAAUGAUCGUAAUAAUAAUUCAUUUUUCUUCUUACUUGCAAAUAAUAGAUAUCUCAUUGAUAAACAAAGACUAGUAAUAUGGCUAAAUGGGGGCCCUGGGUGCUCUUCUAUGGAUGGUGCUUUUUUAGAGAAUGGACCGUUUAAAUUCAGUGCAAGAAAUAUGCUUAUAGAAAACCAAGGGGGUUGGAACGAAUUCUCAAAUGUUCUUUUUGUGGAUCAACCGGCAGGAACGGGCUUUAGUUAUAGUUUACCAGAAAAUUUUGCUGAAGGACUACCUAAGGUGAAAACAAACUACAAAAAGAUGGUGUUUUGCUUAUAUAUGAAGGCAACUGAAGACUUUAUUACUUUUCUAGACGGAUUUUUUGAUUUGUUUCCUCAAUUUAAAGAAGAUGAUCUUUAUAUAGCUGGAGAAUCCUAUGCAGGGCAGUAUAUUCCAUAUAUUGCAACUGCUAUAUUAGAAAGAAAUAAAAAGGAGAAUAAUAAACAUUAUAAUCUUAAAGGGCUUUUAAUAGGGAACGGAUGGAUUUCCCCUUUAGCUCAAUAUAGUUCGUAUUUGCCAUUUGCUGUGGAAAAUAAAUUAGUUAAAAAAGGCUCUGAUCUUGAAAAAAAAGUCGAAGAAGCAACCCAAUCAUGUAAAACAGCAAUUAGUGCUGGUGAUAAAGAGUCUAUGUCUAUAUGUGAUCGCAUUCUUGAACUAAUUGUUCAACCUGAAUAUAGGGAUGAUAAAAGAUGCAUUAAUAUCUAUGAUUAUAGGCUAAGAGCUUCUUCGUGCGACGUUAAUUGGCCUCGUGAAUUGCCUUAUUUAGUUGAAUAUUUAAGAAAACCAGAGACAAUGAACGCUUUAAAUAUUGAUUCUGAUAAGCAUAUUUUAUGGGAAGAAUGUAAUCUUCGUGUUACAGAAAGAUUUAUAACACAUAGAUCACCUUCAUCUUUUGAAUUACUUCCGAAAAUUUUGGAUGAAAUAAACGUUCUUUUGUACAGUGGAGAUAAAGAUAUUAUUUGUAAUUAUCUAGGUACAGAGAGUAUUAUUAGUGAGAUGGAAUGGAAUGGGCGUAAAGGUUUUCGUAAAAAGGAUGGUACUAUAGCUGCAAAAUAUAAAUGGACGUUUAUGGAUAAACUUGUUGGAUAUUACCAGUAUGAUCGGAAUUUAACAUAUGUUCUGAUUAAAGAUGCGUCUCAUAUGGUUCCUUAUGAUAAACCGCUCGAGACUCAAGAUAUGUUAAACAGGUUUUUAGGAAUUGAUCCAAAUUUGAUUCUAGCAGUACGUAAAUCAAAUGGGUGGAAUGACGUUGGUAUUGGGAGUAUUGGUGAUACCGAUGGUCGAAAAGAGCCAGAUAUAUAUGGCCAACAAAAAUCUUUGUGGUCAUUAUAUUACCACAUUGGAGGCAUUAUUCUUAUUGUUCUUAUAUUUGGCUUAAUUUUCUUUGCCUGGUAUCUUUAUAAUAAUCAUAAAAAAUUAAAGAGAGAAUACAUCAGUAAGUAUAAUGAAGUUAUUACCCACAAUUAUAGAUUCGGGAAUGAUCAUCCACGUGAUACUAGUAGUAGUGCUCCCUCAUAUAGUCAUAAAGAUUAUAAUAGUUACAAUGGCUAUGUGGAUACUUCUUGUAGCAAGCCUUAUAUACAGCCACAAGAAGGUGGAGAAAACACUGAUAUGGGCUAUGGUGGACCACAUCGUGGAAAUUAUUAA